AUGUUAGAAACCGACUGUCCUACAUGUAGUAAGUCAUACAGAACCUAUAUAGCCCAACUCCAACACCAAAAAUAUCAAAAAUGCCUUCAGAAUACCCAAUAAGCAAUUCUCGCGACUCUCGUCUCACCUCCGAACUACAAGACUCCGCAAUUCCACCGCUCAACUCGUUAUUUGUCCCGAAUUUCGGGCGAAUUCCGAUAAUUAAGGGGGAUUUGACGUGGAUUAGCCCCAAUUUUUUGGCAGCGCUGCGAGAAUAUGUGGCGAUUUUGCGGCCAGCUUCGAUUAGAAUUUGUAACGGAAGUGUUUAUGAAGCCCAAACUUUGAAGGAUAUUAUAAUAAAGAGACAGGCAAAUCUUGGAAUCGCCCCGCUUCCUGAAGCGAUUCAACAAAAUCCACCCGAAGCUUCUGUCGAAGAUGAGAUUCAUAUUUACUCCAAAACUUCUGAAGUUUCGUAUUCGGAAAGCUUGGGAAUCCGAUAUUUGACAACUUCGGCUUAUGAAGCUUCGAAAUCGGAAAGAUUUGAGGGAUCAAUGAUGGGAAGAUGCUUAUUCGUGGUUCCAUUUGCGAUGGGACCGAUUGGCGGGAAAUUCACACAAUAUGCUGUGCAAUUGACAGAUGAUCCGGUUUUUGUGCUCAAUUUGAGGAGUAUUUUUAGGUAAUAGAGCGCAUUUGGUAUUUUCACCGCCAAAAAUUAAAAAAAACAAACUUUCAAUUAGAAAUAAAGAAAAAAAUCCAUUUUUCUCAAAAUUUCUUUGAAAACAAAUCAUAAAACCCUACAUUUUCAACAAAAUACUUUAAAUUUUCAAGCCGAUCCAACAUUUUUCAGCAUGAAAUAGCGAAUUUAGGCCAAAAACCUGUUUUUUCGAAUUUUUCGCGAAAAAAAAAUCCUCCGAGAGAAAUACACACAUUUGUCCAUAGAGCGCACAUUCUUCUCUCAAACAAAUUAUCGAUUUUUUCGCACCGCCCAUUUCAAUUUUUCACAUUUUCAGAAUCUCCUCCGCAAUCUGGGAUGCGAUUGCCUAUACCUCACCAUCUCGAGUCAUCAGAUCAAUCCACUCAAUCGGUCUUCCUCGCCCGGUCAUCCGAAAAAACCCGCAAAUCCUCCCGGAAACCUUGAAACCAUUUCUCGUUGUGCGAAAUGAUGAAAACGAAGUUUGGCAAUUUGGAAGCGGAUUUGGUCGAGACUCGGAAAAAGUUUCCAAGUUUUUCGGGUUGACUUAUUCGAGUCGUGUUGGAUUCAAGAAUGGUUGGCAUACGCUUGGCGCGCAGAUUAUCAAAUUCACAGGUAAAUUCAUAUUUUAUGGAAGGUAUCUUAAAAAAUGUGUUUAGAUUCGAAAAAUGAGAUUUUCUACAUAAUCUAUUGCUCUCAAACGCCAUUGGAGAAACUCGAAAAAGCUGGCUGGAACAUUGAGAUUUCGCCAUUUUCGAUAACUUGGUUAAAUCAUCGAGACGGGAAAUUUGUCGCAAUUCAACCCGAAAACGAUGAAAUGUUGCAAGUGGCAAAGCGCGAUAAUUUCGCAAAACUCUUCUCGAAACCCGAAGAAUAUGAGAUAUUCUCAGCCAAUCCGCAAGACACAAAAUAUGGCGAAUUCGAAGUGGCCGCGAUUAUUUUUGCGACAACUCGCCGUGGCGACGAAAAAUUGCCGGUGGUUAUCGAGACUGCCUCAUGGCAAGAGGGUGUUGUGUUGGCGGCUGGUGCGAAAGAUUCGCCAAUGCGUGCGAAAAUUGCGAUAGAGUUUAGCGAUUUUGUCGCGCAUUGGUUGCAAAUCCCCGGAUUAUCGCAAUUUCCCUACACGUUUUUGAUAAAUUUCUCCGAUUUUUGGAAGGAGGGAAAGGAUAAUUGGCGAAUUUUCGAGUGGAUUUUCAAUCGACUCAAAGAUCCCAAUGAUGUUUCCAACGCAAAUUCGACGCCGAUUGGAAAAUUGCCCAAAUCUUUGAAUAUCGAAGGGAUGGAAAAUGUGAAAAUGGAGAAUUUGACGAAUGUUGAUGUGAGAUUCUGGUUGGAGGAGUUGUCGAAAAUGGCGGCGUUUUUCAAAGAAACUAUGGGACCGAAUAAACCGAAACAUAUUGAUCAGAUUUUGGCGGAUAUUUCGUCGAAAUUGUAG